AUGUGCUCUUUUAAGAUGUUGUGUAUGUUUUCCUCUCAGGGUGUAGCGGUGCUCGGUAUCGCUCUGAUCGCUAUGGGAGAGGAGAUCGGAUCAGAAAUGGCCCUACGAACAUUCGGACAUCUGCUGCGUUACGGAGAGCCCACCCUCAGGCGGGCGGUCCCUCUCGCCCUGGCUCUCAUUUCCGUGUCCAACCCUCGUCUGAACAUCUUGGACACCCUCAGCAAGUUUUCCCACGACGCCGACCCCGAGGUGUCGCACAACUCCAUCUUUGCCAUGGGCAUGGUGGGCAGCGGUGAGUCUCCUCACACACAUCCCAUAGAAACAUGUUUAAUAUAUGUGUGUGUGUGUGCAACAAUACUGAACACUUGGAAGUGUCAGAUACUUAGUUCUAUAUUAUAAGGGCUUAUGUUAUAU